AUGGAAGCGAAAAAAGUCUUUCGAAUCCGGUGCCAAACUACCCGAAUCGAUAAACACGCGGUACAUACAGACCCCGAACCAUGCCAGUGCGGUAUGGAAAACUCAGCGAAACAUAUACUUAUGGAAUGCCCAGCGUGGGCUCGAAUCCGCGCCCCCCUGAUAGAAAAGAUCCCCGGAGCGAUGACCUGGGAAAACUGGAUGUUUACAAACUUGAAAACGGACCUUAUCUUACAAUUUGCAAAAAAUUCUCAACUCUCGAAGUGGUACGAGUCGGCGGAAGCGGAGGCGGACCUGGAAGAGGGGAUGGAAGAAAAUGAUUAG